ACGUACUGCAGCUGUGCUACAGAAUGAGUAGUGGCUGAGUUACAACCAGCACCGUAACGACUACGACAAUCUUUUCUUGCCGACUUCUUCCCAAGGGGAGAUUGAACUAACGGCACCAACAGACAUCCAGGUGGAAGAUGAGGUGGACAAGAGACCUGGCUUCUUUGGACAUGCAGUACUCACCAUCUCCUGGACUCACCCACAAGACUAUGUGGAGGGGUUUCACUACUACAUAGUGACAGUUACACGUAAAAGUGGGGUCACAGAUGGAGGCAAGCAAUUCACUUCUUCUCCAAUUACCUCUAAUUCACUGACAGUGAGACAGGCCCAGGCGUCUUCUUCCUGCAGUACGAUCUACUGAUUCAAGUGUGCACGCGGAUGUGGGGUGAAGAUUCUUCUGCAGAAUGUGAAGAAGUUCGAAAAACUCUAUCAAGUGUGGCACAUUUGGAGAAACCUAUGGUUACCACUGACUGUGUUACCACUGGAAUGGAUUGGACUUCGACUUCAGUUUCCAUUGGACUGUGCAAGAGUUUUAAAAAAAAUUGUGGCCUAUGGAAAUGAAAUUUUCUGCGGUUUUGUUGUGGUCGUUGAAGACAGAAUCGCCAAACGAUUCAUAUGUAAUAACGAUGUGAACAAGAUAGCUAAUCAGACAGAGUAGUCCUACAAGUGGUUUCAUUUACCACCACUGGAGCAAGACACAACAUAUGAAUUUACGGUAUCUAUUCAAUGGCUGUCAUCUGAUAGUUACAAGCAACCUUCAGUUUUCGAUGCCAAUUGCACUACGCCAGCAGUUCCACCUUCCUCAAGUCCAGUGCUGGAUUUGAGACUGUCAGAGCUGGAGUUUUCCGAGGAGACAAUGGAGGUCCAGUUCCGGGUUCAGUGGAAUCCCCCCACAACUCCGAAUGGGCAAAUCACACACUACCUUGCCUGUCUAGGGGGCCGCAAAAUCCCCAAUUUUGAACAGGGACCGGGUGACGUGAAGGACGGAAAUGAUACAACUUGCCAGAAUAUAGACAAAGAGAAGAGAUCCUUUGCCUGGACGACUAGGCUUCCUCGUCCAGACUACAUCUAUUUUCAGAUGAGAGCCCACACCAAGCUGGGAGGAGCUGGAAGCUGGAGCGAGGCCGUUGUAAUCUCCAACAAAGCCAUUUCCAAGACUAUCAUCUGCAGCACUCCGUCGCCCUUCGAGGCCCAGAGGGAGAGUCCGGAGUCUUCAGCGACGUAUGUCCCAGUGUUGGGUGCACUGGGAGCAGUGAUUGGUCUAACUCUGCUGGCUCUGCUCGUGGCUCUGACUGUGGUGUGUGGCAGGAUCCAUAACUAUACACAAAGUAUAUGUAAUCAUAACAGUAUAGCUCGCUAUAUAGUAGCUACAUAGCUACAUG